UCUAGUUCAAUAUAACUCCAAAGAUGUGGAGAAAAGGCUUUAACCUGAAUGUUGCAAUGUUUUGACGUUUCGUGUAAAACAGCAGACAGUUAUUGUUUGUGUGUUUCUCAGCAAGAAGGCAAACAUAUGUUAUUCAUUUAAAAUGAGUUCUUUGGAAGAUUUAAAGCAAAGAGUGGCCGAACUGGAAAGCGAGCUAGCAAGUAUUAAGAAAAAAAAUGUUGGAGCCAGAGAAAAAAUUACCAAUAUGUCUUCAGAAGUUGUAGAUAGUAAUCCGUACAGUCGACUGAUGGCUCUUAAAAGGAUGGGAAUCGUCAAUAACUAUGAAAAGAUCAGAGAUUAUACGGUAGCUGUUGUGGGAGUCGGAGGAGUUGGUAGUGUAACUGCAGAAAUGUUAACUCGAUGUGGCAUUGGACGUUUAAUUCUAUUCGAUUACGAUAAAGUAGAACUUGCUAAUAUGAAUAGAUUAUUCUUUCAACCACACCAAUCUGGUAUGAGCAAAGUUGAAGCUGCAGCUGAAACUUUAAAAAACAUUAAUCCCGAUGUUGACAUUAUUACUUACAAUUACAACAUAACUAUCGUCGAAAACUUUGAUGAUUUCACGAAUACGUUGACAACGAGUAGUUUAACAAAAGGACCAGUAGACUUGGUGCUAAGCUGUGUUGAUAAUUUCGAAGCGAGGUUUGCCAUAAACACUGCAUGUAACGAGUUUGACCUAACAUGGUUCGAAUCAGGGGUAGCGGAAAAUGCGGUUUCAGGCCAUAUUCAGUUUAUAUGCCCUGGAGACACUGCAUGUUUUGCUUGUGCUCCACCACUCAUUGUUGCAUCAAACAUUGAUGAAAAAACACUUAAACGUGAUGGGGUGUGUGCCGCUAGUCUUCCAACUACAAUGGGAAUCGUAGCUGGAUUUUUAGUUCAAAAUACAUUGAAAUAUUUGCUUCAGUUUGGACAAGUAAGCAAUUAUCUAGGCUAUAAUGCUUUAAAUGACUUCUUCCCUAUGAUGAGUCUGCGACCAAAUCCUCAUUGUGAAGAUAUAAAUUGUCAGAAGAGACAAGCUGAAUUUGCGGCAAAACCAAGACCAGAACAAGCACAAGAGGCACUAGAAGAUGAAGGACCUAUACAUGAUUCAAAUGAAUGGGGCAUUUCGUUGGUUGAAGAAAGCAAAGAAGAAAAGGAGAGUGUAUCAGUGGCUGAAGGGCUAACUCUUGCUUAUACUUUGCCUGGUGUUCCUGAUAAUACACCAUUAGAGCAUGCUCAAGAGGCAACAAGCAAUGACGUGAGUUUAGAUGAUCUAAUGGCUCAAAUGAAAGCCAUGUAAUCUAGCCUAAACUCAAGAUAUUUUAUUAUAUUUCUGAUCGAAUAUAAGUAUUGAAAUUA